CCGAGUAGACAGACUGUGUCAGGGCAUGAGGAAGAGAUGUUACUGAGGCUGCUGUUGCUGCUGCUGCCCGUGCUGUGGGGAGGAGCCCUGGCUAAGGAUUCAAGCUACCGGCUGGAACUAAAGGAGUCUGUGAUUGUGCAGGAGAGUCUGUGUGUCUUAGUGCAGUGCAAGUUUUUCUACUCCUGGAGUAUCGGUGGAUCCACCUAUCUGUAUUGGUUCAAGAAAGAAGGGAAUAGAAAAGAUGAUCUUUUAGUGGCCACAAAUGAUCCAGAAAAGAAGCUACAGGAGAGGACCCGGGGCCGGUUCUUGCUCCUCAGGGACCCCAAGUCCAAGGACUGCUCCCUGACCAUCAGAUAUGUCAACAUGAGGGACAGUGGGACGUACUACCUUCAUAUAGAAAAUAGACUCUAUGAACAUACAUAUGAAGAUAAAAUGCUCUCUCUGAAAGUGACAGCCCUGACCCACAAACCUGAGAUCCUCAUCCCAGCGCCCCUGGUGUCUGGCCACCCCAAGAAACUGACCUGUCAUGUGUCCUGGGCCUGUGAGGAGGGCACGCCCCCCAUCUUCUCCUGGACAUCAGCUGCCCACAGCUCCCUGGGCCUCAGGUCUCAUCGUCUCUCCUCCGUGCUCAACCUCACCCCACGGCCCCAGGACCAUGGCACCAACCUCACCUGUCAGGUGCAUUUUCCUGCCACUGGUGUGAAUGUGGAGAAAACCAUCCAGCUCAAUGUGACAUAUGCUCCACAGGACAUGGCCAUCAGCAUCUUUCAAGGAAACAGCACAGCCCUCAAGAUUCUGCAAACCACAUCCCUUUCCAUCCUGGAGGGAGAGGCCCUGAGGCUGCUCUGUGUGGCUGACAGCAACCCCCCUGCCGAGCUGAGCUGGUUCCGUGGGUCCCCAGGCCUGAAAGCCACCCCCAUCUCCAGAACCUCGAUCCUGGAGCUGCCUCGCGUGGGGCCUGCACAGGAAGGGGAGUUCACCUGCCAAGCUCGGCACCCGCUGGGCCCCCAAAGUGUCUCUCUCAGCCUCUCCGUGAUCUGUAAACCGGAAUCCAGGGCUGGUGGAGUCCUGGGAGUGGUUGGGGGAGCUGGCAUCAUGGCCCUGGCCCUGCUUUCUCUCUGCCUUUGUCUCGUCUUCAGGUGGGAGAGCCCGGGCUGGUUCCUUAGAGUGAAGACCUGCAGGGAAAAAGCGGCCCAGCUAAUGCAGAGCGUGGACAAGGAUGUGAACCCUGGCUCCGGCUCCGGCUCCGGCUCCGGGGCACAUCAGCACCCGUUCUGGACGGACAGACCUUCGGCUCCCCCAGCCCCUGGUGAUGCUGGCUCCCUCGCCAACGGGGAACAGGAGCUCCACUACGCCUUCGUCAGGUUUCACAACCUGAAGCCGCAGGGAACGGAAGAGGCCAACACCGUGUACUCGGAGAUCAAGACACACAAGUGAGGAACUACUUGCUCCAGGUUCCGAAGGCG